GUCAGGAAUUCAGUUCGGACCUCAGGGAAAAAUACCGCACGGGAAGACUUGAACUUCGCGCGCGCGCUGGGAGGCGCCAAACACCCUGUUUUACCUCAGGGCGCCUAAAGCGGCACCGACCGGAAGUUCCCUUGCCCUUAACAAAUAUGGCGCUCGAUGACGUGGACCAAUCAGAUUGCUCGGCGGCCGGGCAGUGUUUCACUCUCUCCCUACACAGAAAUGGUCACAUUCUAGAUGAAUUCUAAGGUUAGAGCCCAUAGGACUGCUGGGACUCUGGGUUUGUUGGUUAUGUAUUGCGAGAGAAAGAGAAGAAUGGAAGAGUGGCUGUUCUAAUGUGGAUUUCACACAGCCAAGAUUUUCGACAUUACUUAUCUCCUGGGCUCCAGAGCCUCCUUCGAAGUUUCCUGUCAUGAGUGUCCUCCUGACAGCAUGGAUGAUGAAUUAAGGAAGUUGCAAGAGCAAAUGAAGUCCUUGCAAGAACAGCUCAAAGUAGCAACAAUUAAACAGGCUGCAAGUCCAGCCCUUCCGUGUAACCCCCCUGUAGAUAAGUCUCCACGGCCUCCCCUUAAGGAAAAGAAAGUUCAAACAACUCAGGAAUCAGCAUGCUUUUCUGCAGAGCUUGAUGUCCCUGUUCAACCAAGAACCAAGCGGGUGGCUCGGAUGCCAAAAGCUUCACCUACAGACCCCAAAAGUUCAUCUUCGAGGAUGACAAGUGCACCCUCCCAACCACUGCAAACUAUUCCUGGGAACAAACCUAGUGGAGUGACUCGAGAUAAGAAUGCAGGGACCCAGGAGAGCUCUGGGGAGACGUCUCAGACGGUGUCUGUGGAAGCCUUCUCCGGCCUGCGGCUCAGGUAUUUAAAGUUUUUCUCGACUGUGUGGAUCAUGCUGUUCUUGGAGCCAUUCUUGAUUUUAUAGACUUUUUUUAAUGACCAGAAAUAGUUUCUAAUAUUUCAGGCUAAUGUCCUGCUAAAUUAAAUACCUUUUGUGGCUAGCAGGUGUUUCUCCUUACUUCUAGAGUGGAACCUUGGAAUUUUUAUUCUUUCAGCAGUUGAGUGGAAGGGAUAAUGCGUGGGGUACAAGUUUUACCCAUAGUAAGGAAAAGUGGUGUUUCCAUUUUAAAUGUGUUUUAAAAAUAUUGGGUGAUGGUACAAAAUGAAAUUUGUUGCUGUUGGGUGCAGUCAGAAAGUAUGAAGUCCUCUUGCCUAGUUCAUGACUCACACUGCAUCCUUUAGCUCAGAGUGUCAUAACAAAACAGUGCAGACUGAUUGGCUUAAACGGCAGGCAUAUGCUCACAGUCCUGGAGGCUGGAAGUUCAAGCUCAAGGUGCCGGCAGGAGUGGUUCCCUGUUUGACUCUCUCCUUGGCUUGCAGAUGGUGACUGCGUCUUUUCUCAGUGUCUGUGUCCAAAGUUCCUCUUCUUGCGAGGACACCAGUUGUGUUGGAUUAGGGUUUACCCCAGUGACCUUAUUUUAUCUUGGUGACCUCUUUAAAGGACCUAUCUUCACAUACAGUCACAUGCUGAGGAACUGGGGCUCUACGAUUUGGGGGAGUACAGUUCACAAUACACAGCCUGGAACUUUCCGCUGGUGAAGCUCCGUGAGCUCCAGGCUUAUCUCUGCCGUCUCUGGCAACUCUUGCCCAGCACGACUACAGUUUCAUUAACAUGCCUUUGUUUCCUCAACACCCCGUUCUUUCUCAGCGACAUUGCUAUUCCUUAGUGUACAAACUACCUCUUAUGAGACAGCCAGUCUUUGUCCUUGGCCUGAGACAACUUAAAACAGUCACAGCAAGGAUGGAGUUUGGGGACAUCUCUCACUGGAAAAGGAAGUUCAAGAAAUUGCAGGCAGCAGGACAUAAAUAAAAGAGCUUGACUUUUGUCUCCCUGGGUCACUGAUUUUUAUGCCUCAUUUCCAGAACAAAAGGCCUCAGAGAACAUAGCCUUUAUUAGGAUAAAGUGAUUAGCAGUGUCUUCAGCAAAGUAUAAUUUACUAUGCUUUGUGGAGUUCAACAUCCUUUCAUAAUGCAACAAAGGGAACAGUACAUGGAAAAGUGGAUGGGCUUGAGGUCAGACACACAUGCACUUAAUUCCAGGCUCUGAUAUGAACCAGCUGUGCACCCUUGGGUAAAUUGCUUAACCUUUCUGGGCUCAGAGUGCUUACUGGAAAAAUGGAAGUAAUGAGGCUUAUCUUCAAAAGCAAAGGCGGGGUCAAAAUCUCACGUCCGACCUCUUUACUGGGAGCGCAGUCCCAGAGCUGCAAGAGAGACGGCCGGCAGGGAGGACGGGAAGCAGAUGGGAGCUGGAGUGACCUCAAAUGAGCCCUAGCUGGUUGUUUAAUCACAGGGACGUUUACAGAGGGUCUGAAUCACUGCUGUCAGGGAGAAGGUGGGGAGGUCAGGCAUCUUCCUCCAAAAUGACAAACACAAAACCACCGCUGCAUCUUCCCCCAUUACCCAUCUGCAAGUCCUCAGGUAUUCCCAUGCCCUCUUGUAUUAUCACAAGAGUGAAUGUAGGCCAGGCAUGGUGGUUCACGCCUGUAAUCCUAGCACUGUGGGAGACUGAGGCAGGAGGAUCGCUCA